AUGAGCCAGCAACAACACGACAUGUAUCUCGAAUACUCAACUCCCGCCAACCGCUCCCCGAGCUCUUCGAGGGCCUACGCGGGCGGCUUCCAGUCUGGCAUGUCCCUACCUCGCCAGGCCCAGCGCCCCUUCGACAACGGCUUGGGCUCAUCUGCCCUCUUCCCCUCCGACCGUCUCGGUUACAACCCCAGAGCGAUGGAUCAGAUGUCUGCCAGUGGAAUGCCCGGAGGAUACAUGCUGGAUAACAACCAAGCUUGGAACUACAAUGCUGGCGGUGUCGCGACCGUCAACGGUGCCAUCAACGGCGCCAACAGACAGAGGAGCGUCAACCGCCGCGCUGCCCUUCCUACCAACUGGACCGAUCAGGGUCUCGGUAUGCAGAACUCGUAUGACUCCAGCAUGUCCAAUGGUCUGCGCUACGGCGGACACGGCGAUAUGCGACCUAGCUCGCAAACGGAGGAGCAGCUCAUCCCUACUGCCAUCGUGAUCAAGAACAUUCCGUUUGCCGUACGCAAGGAGACGCUGGCUGCCGUCAUGAUGGAUAUGCAUCUUCCCCAGCCCUACGCCUUCAACUACCACUUCGAUAACGGCGUGUUCCGCGGCUUGGCUUUUGCGAACUUCCAGUCACCCGAGGACACCAAGAUUGUCAUUGAUGCCAUGAACGGUAUGGAGGUUCACGGCCGGAAAUUGAGAGUCGAGUACAAGAAGAUGCUGCCCGAGGCGGAACGCGAGCGCAUCGAACGCGAGAAGAGAGAAAGGCGUGGUCAGCUCGAGGAGCAGCACCGUGCACCCAUGCUGCACCAGCAGCCCUCGCUCCAAACCCUGAACAGCAUCUCCAGCCAAAGCGGACGCAGUGCCCUCGGCGAUGUCAACCUCAAUGACCCAGAGACCCUCGAGUUCUACACUGAGCUUACCGUCUUCAAGCGUGACACCACCCGAGAAAUCCUCAUCUUCCCCGCCUCCAUCUCCCCGGAGCAGCGUCGUCAAAUCCACAUCUUGGCUCACCACAUGGGUCUUGAGCAUAACUCCGUUGGAGAAGCCGAUUCGCGACAGAUCCACGUCGUCAAGCAUGCGAUGCCGUCACCCACGACCCAGCACCACAUGCCGGCUGUGGGUUUGGACUACCACAAGAAGGGCCUGAGCAGGGCGGCCACGUUCGACUUUGCGGCGGAUAGGGAGGCUCGUAGCGCCAGCACCAACUACUCUCACGCCAUCGGUCGCCAGGGCCCGACUCUGGAGCUUCCCGGAAGCCCUGACGGCAACGGCCUGGCCAACCUCCGUGCUGCCAAGAGCUUUGCAGACCUGCGAUCAUUCAGUCCCAGCCCGUCUGCGUCGUCUUCGAGCUACUUGACUGCCAUGAACGGGAUCGGCAACAUUCCCCAGGCCAACAACUCCUCCGCUCGCUUCAGCGAGUACAACCAGCAGGCGGGUGCCCCUCUUGCGACCCCCAACCUGACGCCGACCUCCGGCACUGCUGGCACCCCCGGAACCGACAGCAGUCUCCUCAGCUCCCUCGGAGGCUUGAACCUUGGCUCCUACGAGUCUGCGGCGCAUACUCAGGCGCGUAGCACACCCGGUGCCAUCGGCAGCCAGCGCCCGGGAGCCAACGGAUCCAGCCGUAAUGCGCCCGAGAGACAACCCCGGGGUCCUGAGUGGGAGACCUCUGCCGGUUUCAACGGACGCAACCGCUCCAACGGCCACAUGCAGCGUGGUAGCGACUCUUCCGACAACAUCCCCCGUGCCGGAAGCGCCUCUCGAUUCCACUAG